CUCUCGGGGUUUUGCCAUGAUGUACUUUCACUUAGUUUUAUGAACUUUCGUUUGGAUUUGUUGGAGCAGAACAACAACAAUAUAAAGCUGGAACGUCUCUAGGGACCAUUAAACAGGGUGACGAGGCUGACAGUUACAAGCUGUGAGGCGUUUCGCUCCAACAAUAUUCAGAAAAAGGACCGACAACAACAACACACAUUUAGCUAUCCUAAUCCUGGCUUGCUAAAAUGUGCUGAUUUACAAGACUGGGUUAUGCCACCCCAACACUGACGUCGCAGAGAGCAGGUCAGCUGUUUUGCCCAGUAGUGCCCACAUUAGCGAUAAUGGAGCGGGCAACCUUCAAACAGAACCAACAGUGUGGACAAUGGGAGAUGAAGGAGAGGCUCGGGAUAGGAGGCUUUGGGCACGUCUACCUCUACCAGCAUCUUGAGUCUGGAAAGAAGUUAGCCGUUAAAAUCUGCCGUCUCGACCUGAGCUCCAAGAAUAAGGAACGCUGGACCAGAGAAAUCCAGAUCAUGAAGAAGUUAAACCACGUUAACGUUGUUGAGGCUAGCGAAGUUCCAGAAGAAUUGAGUUCAAUCGCUCUGAAUGACCUUCCCCUGCUGGCCAUGGAGUACUGCUCUAGAGGAGACCUACGUAAAGUUCUGAAUAAACCAGAAAAUUGCUGUGGGCUAAAGGAGAGUGAAGUCCUCGCUCUACUAAGUGACAUUGGUUGUGGUAUACAAUAUCUUCAUGAAAAUAAGAUCAUUCACAGAGACCUAAAACCAGAGAACAUAGUUCUGCAAGAGAUCAAUGGCAAGCUUGUUCAUAAAAUCAUAGAUCUCGGUUAUGCUAAAGAUCUCGACCAAGGCAGUGUCUGUACGUCAUUCGUUGGAACGCUUCAGUAUCUUGCGCCGGAGUUGUUUGAGAGUAAACCGUACACUGUAACUGUGGACUAUUGGAGUUUUGGAACAGUGAUCUUUGAAUGCACAUGUGGCUUCCGUCCCUUUUUGCACCACAUGCAACCUGUACAGUGGACGAGCAAAGUCAAGAGCAAAGGUGCUAAGGACAUAAUGGCAGUGGAGGACAUGAAUGGAGAAGUUCGAUUCUCCACGCAUCUUCCUUAUCCUAACAAUCUCAGCAGACCGUUGCUGGAGCCAGUUGAGAAUUUGCUGCAGAUGUUGUUACUGUGGGACCCUGACGCACGCGGUGGAGGCUUGGAUCCUGUUACGAAUAAGGCACACUGCUACAGUGCUCUCCAAAAUAUUAUUAAUAUGAAGGUGAUCCAUGUGCUGGACAUGACGUCAGCCCAGCUGCACUCUUUGGUUUUGGACACCGAAGAGAGCUUACACUCAUUGCAGCUUCAUCUGGAGACGCGGACGCACAUCUCCCCACUUAAUCAAGAACUGCUGUUAGAGACUGGAAUCUCCCUCGACCCACGCAGGCCACCUGCACACUGUCUGCCAGAUGGAUUGAGAGGCUGGGACACAUCCAUCGUUUUCCUGUUUGAUAAGAGCCUGUCCAAGUACUCGGGACCCCUAACUGCCAGACCACUGCCAGACAGUGUCAACUUUAUAGUCAGGGAGACAAAGACACAGCUACCACUGACUGCUUUAAGAAAAGUGUGGGGGGAAGCAGUCAGCUACAUUUGUGGACUCAAAGAGGACUACACACGGCUUUACCAGGGACAAAGGGCUGCUAUCCUCAGUCUGCUGCGUUACAACACCAACCUAACUCGCUACAAGAACCUGCUCUUCUCCCAGUCACAGCAACUGCAGGCCAAACUGGCUUUCUUUAAGACCAGCAUCCAGCACGACUUAGAGCAGUACAACAAGCAGAAACUCACGGGCAUCUCUUCAGAAAAGAUGCUAAUGACCUGGCAUGAAAAUGAAGCAAAGGCUGAUGGGUUUGCAAAGGUUGCUGACAUGACAUAUAUGGACGAAGAAAUCAUUUCUCUACAUUCUGAAAUUGUGGAAUUGCAGCGGAGUCCGUUUUUGAGGCGACAAGGGGACUUAAUGGAAGAGCUUGAGGGAAAAGCUAUUGAACUCUACAAGCAACUAAAAGCCAAGUGCAAAAGCCCUGACCCUCCGCACGGUUACAGUGACAGUUCAGGCAUGGUGAAAGCCAUACUCCAAAUGGUUCAGAACCAAGACAGAGUACUUAAAGACUUGUAUACUCACCUUAGUACAAUUCUAGUGUGCAAGCGACGCAUCGUUGAUCUGUUCCCAAAGUUGGAGAGGGCAGUGGAGGACAUAAAGAAGGCAGAGUCAGCCAUACUGCAGAUGCAAACCAAGCGGCAGAAGGAGUUCUGGUACCUUCUCAAGAUUGCUUGUGCCCAGAGUAAUUCUUCGUCACCAAGUUCUAUUCAGCCCAGCAGUGAAAGUGAAACCGUUCAUCAGUUACUGGACGACAAUCGCCGUUAUUUGGGUCAGCUCUCGUCUCUGCUGCAGGAUGCCAGUGAUGAGAGAGAGCACAGUGUCAUGGAUCAAGACUGGAGUUGGACUCGUCUCGGAACAGCGAAGCACAACCAAAAGGUCUCAAACGACCAACCAAAUACUCAAAGUUUAGAAACAAAAACACAGUAAAACAAAAACCACACAUGUUUAUGGUUUUUUUUGUGUAUCUUUGCAUUAUUUAUGAGGUAAUAUAGAAUGUGUUAUACACAGUGAUGUCAGCCAUUAUGUUUUAGAUCUAAUACAUUUUAUUUCAAAUUUGAAGUGUUUUCAAGCUGUAACUUAUUUGUUUUACUGGUCAACUUUAUGAGAGUAAAUGAUUGCUAUGAAAGAGUAAAUUUAACGGAACCUCUUCUAUUUUAAUCUGUUUGAAUUAUUUUGUGUACUAGUUUUGGUGAACAAAAUGCUCUCGCUCUAGUCUUUGUGGAAGGAACUACACUGUAUACUGUAGAUGUGAUAAGUACGGUAAAGUUGCCAUAUUUACAACAAUCUAACUUAAUGUAACACUCUUGGCUCCAGUGCAUAAUAAUAUGUGCAUGCAAUUUGAACAAUAUUGCUUAGAAUCAAACUGGUAUAAAAACAAA